ACGGUUUACAGAGGGACCGCGAGCAGCUGAUUGGUCGCGGACCGCGGUGACGUCGGCGGGCGCUGCAUUAAGGCGAGGGGGCUUCCAGAGCUCAGCCAACAGCCAGGAGCGGUGACCGAGCCGCCGGAGCCUGGGAGAGACGCGCCGCGGCGGGGACUGGGCCAAGAGACCGGGAACCGAGGGACGCGCGCCCGGGAAGAGCCAGCGACGAGCAGUGGCCGGAGCGGCGACAGAGGUGGCCCGUGCCCCAAGCUGUUCCAGCCUCAGGCCUAUUGUAGCCGCUACACCAGGACAAUUUUUUAAGCUCUCGAAGCUGCCCCCCGCCCCUGACUCCUCCAGCUGCAAAAGGGGGGCGGGUAGGCUAGAAAGGAAAUCCAGAUUUGCCACUACAACGGAAAAAGAGGGGGGAAAAGAAAAGAAAAGAAAGUCGAGCGACUGGGGGUUGGACGCAGGCAGCCGGAGCGCGGGCCGAGCGAUGCGGGGCUGCGCGCCCAGGCCGCGGCGAAUUGUGACUGGAGCCACGAUGAACUGCCAGGCGCGGUGAGGAGCCAGCCCGUAUCGCCUCCCAAAGGAGCCCAGGUGCAGUGAAGGCCGCCCCGAGGACACUGAGGUCGCCGGGCAGGCCACGGGCGGAGGUGAAGGGGCUGUGGGGAGCGAGAGAGCGCGCCUGGCUGCGUCCGUCCGUGGUUGUUCCUCUCCGUUCUCGAUUGACACAAACACUUCUCCAAAAGAGGGGAAACCCAAGCAACAACAACAAUCAACAACAAGCUCUUCUUCCUGCCCUCCCAUCCCUCCCUCCCCCCUUGGCCUGCCCCCGCCCCCUCCCCCGGGCCCAACACCGGCUCCCAGAGCAUCCGCACCCUUUGCGUGAUGCCUGCAGUUUAGGAUCCACAGCUUCUCUACUCGUUUUCCUCUUUCCUUUCCUUUUUUUAAAAAAGGAGUAAAUCCGGUGGUGGGCAGCCCGGCACGCACACUUCCACCCUCAUACACCCGACAAAAGCAGAUGCACUUUGACUUCUGACAGCUCUACCUCAAGCCUCAGAGAACUCGACGGCUCUUUCCCUGCAACCAGAGCUCGCCGCGUCGUCCUUUUCCGUCUCCGUCUGUUUAUUUAUUUCGGUUCCCACCGCGGUUCUCUGUGACCUUCACUCCUUGGAGGGCUCUGGACAGAAGGGUCGCUUUCACGCCCGCCCGAGACUCCUUUUCCUCGCCGCAGGAGCUGCAGCGGCGCUGCUCAGCCCGGGAACCCUGGGACUCCCGACUGCGCGCUCGACCGAGGCGUCCCUCCCGCCCCCCACCAGCUUCGUUUCCCUUCUUUUGAUUUCCUGGUGCGGGUUUUGGCUUGAACAGCCGAGUGUGUCUCUUCUUUUUGGAGGGGUCAGGGAGCUCGUGCCGGUUGUCUUCGGGAGUCAUCCCCUUGGCUCUGCCUGCCACUUUCUCUCCGGACCCCACCUGACCAAACCAAAGACCAUGGUGCACUGUGCCGGCUGCAAAAGGCCGAUCCUGGACCGCUUCCUCUUGAACGUGCUGGACAGGGCCUGGCACGUGAAGUGCGUCCAGUGCUGUGAAUGUAAAUGCAACCUGACCGAGAAGUGCUUCUCCCGGGAAGGCAAGCUCUACUGCAAGAACGACUUCUUCCGGUGUUUCGGUACCAAAUGCGCGGGCUGCGCGCAGGGCAUCUCCCCCAGCGACCUGGUGCGGAGGGCACGGAGCAAAGUGUUUCAUCUGAACUGCUUCACCUGCAUGAUGUGUAACAAGCAACUCUCCACUGGCGAGGAGCUCUACAUCAUCGACGAGAAUAAGUUCGUCUGCAAAGAGGAUUACCUAAGUAACAGCAGUGUCGCCAAAGAGAACAGCCUCCAUUCGGCCACCACGGGCAGCGAUCCCAGUUUGUCUCCGGACUCCCAAGACCCGUCGCAGGACGACGCCAAGGACUCGGAGAGCGCCAAUGUGUCAGACAAGGAAGCAGGCAGCAACGAAAAUGACGACCAGAACCUGGGCGCCAAGCGGCGGGGGCCGCGCACCACCAUCAAAGCCAAGCAGCUGGAGACGCUGAAGGCUGCCUUCGCCGCCACGCCCAAGCCCACGCGCCAUAUCCGCGAGCAGUUGGCCCAGGAGACGGGUCUCAACAUGCGCGUCAUCCAGGUCUGGUUCCAGAACCGGCGCUCCAAGGAACGCAGAAUGAAGCAGCUCAGCGCUCUGGGCGCCCGGCGCCACGCCUUCUUCCGCAGUCCGCGCAGGAUGCGGCCGCUGGUGGACCGCCUGGAGCCCGGCGAGCUCAUCCCCAACGGGCCCUUCUCCUUUUACGGAGAUUACCAGAGCGAGUACUACGGCCCAGGGGGCAACUACGAUUUCUUCCCGCAAGGGCCCCCGUCUUCGCAGGCCCAGACGCCGGUGGAUCUGCCCUUCGUGCCAUCGUCCGGGCCGUCCGGAACGCCUCUGGGCGGCCUGGAGCACCCGCUGCCCGGCCAUCACCCGUCGAGCGAGGCUCAGCGGUUCACUGACAUCCUGGCGCACCCCCCCGGGGACUCGCCCAGCCCCGAGCCCAGCCUGCCCGGGCCCCUGCAUUCCAUGUCAGCCGAGGUCUUCGGGCCCAGCCCCCCCUUCUCGUCGCUGUCGGUCAACGGCGGGGCGAGCUACGGGAACCACCUGUCCCAUCCCCCCGAAAUGAACGAGACUGCCGUGUGGUAG